CGGCAUUGCACGACUUGCUCUUUGGAUUUUGAGUCUCUCUUCCUCUCGCAGUUCCUGCCUCUGGCCAUGUCGGAAACCGCGCCUGCCGAGACGGCUGCCCCGGCGCCGGUGGAGAAGUCACCUGCCAAGAAGAAGGCGACCAAGAAAGCUGCGGGCGGUGGCGCGGCGAAACGCAAGGCCACCGGCCCCCCGGUGUCAGAGCUGAUCACCAAGGCGGUCGCCGCCUCCAAGGAGCGCAACGGCCUCUCCCUGGCCGCGCUCAAGAAGGCGCUGGCGGCCGCCGGCUACGACGUGGAGAAGAACAACAGCCGCAUCAAGCUGGGCCUCAAGAGCCUGGUGAGCAAGGGCACCCUGGUGCAGACCAAGGGCACCGGCGCCUCGGGCUCGUUCAAGCUCAACAAGAAGGCGGCCUCCGGGGAGGCCAAGCCUAAAGCCAAGAAGGCGGGCGCGGCGAAGGCCAAGAAGCCCUCUGGGGCCACCCCCAAGAAGCCAAAGAAGGCUGCGGGAGCCAAGAAGGCGGUGAAGAAAACUCCGAAGAAGGCGAAGAAGCCCGCGGCUGCCGGGGUCAAGAAGGUGGCCAAGAGCCCCAAGAAGGCCAAGGCCGCCGCCAAGCCCAAGAAGGCGGCGAAGAGCCCAGCCAAGCCCAAGGCUGUGAAGCCGAAGGCGGCCAAGCCCAAAGCCGCCAAGCCCAAGGCAGCGAAGCCCAAGGCUGCCAAGGCGAAGAAAGCGGCCCCGAAAAAGAAGUAGGAAGUUGGCUUUUGAGAAGGCAGCAAAACCCCAAAGGCUCUUUUCAGAGCCACCCAGAGA